AUGCCUCGUAAUUAUAAGCGUACGACUGAUCGUCAAUCCUGGAGUGAGGAAUCAAUGCGCAAAGCUAUAGAAGCAGUUCGCAGUAAUAGAAUGGGCUGGCUUUUGGCUUCGAAGACAUUUGGAGUCCCUCAAGCAACACUAAGAAGACAUGCAUCGAAUAGUAACAAAACUUUAGAGUCGUCUGCAAAAGGUCUAGGAUUUUGGAAAGCUACUUUUACACCUGAAUUGGAAAAAAAAAUGGUUGAGCAUUUGAAAUUACUAGAGUCUCGUUUAUUUGGGCUGACGCGAACGUCUGUUCAAGAAUUAGCUUUUGAGCUAGCUGAAAAAAACGGGUUUGCUCACAAAUUUAACCCGCAAAAACGAAAAGCUGGACAAGAAUGGUUAGAAGGGUUUUUAAGACGAAAUAAAGAUAUUUCUUUACGCAAACCAGAAGCUACUUCAGCUGCUCGUGCUCAGGCCUUUAAUCGACCUCAAGUCAAAAAGUUUUUUGAGAUUUACGGACUUCUGCUGGAAUCUGAGAAAAUUGGGCCACACAGAAUUUAUAAUACUGACGAAUCAAGCCUGUCUACUGUACAAAAACCCCACAAGAUUUUGGCUUCUACUGGUAGGAAGCAAGUUGGCGUAAUAACUAGCGCAGAACGUGGAACUAACACCACUGUUGUUUGUUGUGUUAAUGCUAUUGGUACCUUUGUUCCGCCGAUGAUGAUAUUUUCUAGGAAAAAUAUGAAAAAGGAGUUGGUCGAUGAAGCACCUCCUGGCACUUUAGGUGUAGCUCAACCAUGA